ACCACACACUGGUCACCUCGGCACCAUAUCCGCUGUCUCAGCUCUCGUCACUUCACCACUGGCUAGUUGGACCGAUUCUAACGAAUUUCAUUCCAUUAUAGCAUAUAUGCCAAAGAUGGGACCCGUCCAGGUUCCAUUUCGCGGUCUCGCUCAUCUGAAAUUAUCUCGGAGAUCCUUGGUUUCAACCGGUGAUACCCUGCACCUUCCUACACGUCGGCUGAUCUCAACGGUUAAUAACUUGAGACAUGCACAAAACCAGCCCGAUAAUCAAGUUUCAAACAAUGGGUCCAGAGAGCUUCACAAAAAAGCUCAAGAUUCUGAAGUUGUUCCCCAAAUGGUCAAUUUUGGCCAAACCCAUGUUGAAGAUCUACACAAAAGGUUGGAAGAGCUCCACGGACCAGUUGAAAAUUCUGAAGAUUUCCUGCAAACUGCCGACCAUGAAGUCUUCCGAACUUAUGUUGAAGGUCUGGAGGAACUCAAACACACGUUGGAAACACCCACGGACGGAAGGGCGUCAACACCAGGCUUCCGAUUUAAAGAAGUCUGGACCAAACUUCUCAACAGAGAAUAUUCAUUUCGAGACAUCACUUUGGCGUGUGACAUCGAGGAAUACCCCGACCUUCACGAAAAAGCUUCCCGACUUGCAUUCUUACUUCAGCAUCCAAUGCUUUCGCAGGAUUCCAAAAUCAAUCAUGAUAGAAGAGUCGCUGCGCUUGACGCCCCGUCGUUGAACGAUGCCAACACGCUUUUUGAGCAACCAGCUCACCCCUUGCAGGGAAAAAUUGUCGAAAAAGGAUUUAAUCGUGAAUAUAUAAAUACCAAAGGCAUAGUGGAUCCAACGCUCAAGACUCUUACUGAAUUCGCCGCUAAGUGGACACCCGAAAUCUACUUGGCUCCUUAUACUUCACUCAUUGCAACAUCGAUGACUGGCAAAUCACGAUUAUUGAAGGAGUUAUCGAGGCAUGUAUGUGUUGUAUAUGUCUGUGUCUGCCCUGAAGAUUCACAAGACUAUCCGCCGCGAUCUGAAUAUGCUUCAAGUGUGCUUCUUGAUUCCAAACGUACGAAUCUACGAAUUCAAUACGAGCAUCUGCUUCUUGCCAUCUUAGAUGCCGUGGCCGAUUACUUUUUUGCUAAAGAAUCAGGGACUAGACAAGAGAGGCUGGACCAAUGGAUUGCCCAUAGCUUCCCACAAAGCAAUCAAUCUGGCGAUCCACCCUUUUGGAGUUCUGUCCGGACUAAGAUGGACAAGAUCUCAAAAUCGCCUCCUCUGACUUCCACCGAGAAGGCUGUUCAACUUAAAAAGGCAUUAAUGAGGAUGAAGGACAGUACCAACUUUAUAGAGCAAGACAACCUCAGAUUGCUAUUGGCGAUUGACGAAGCCAGUGCAUUACUUGCACGUAGCCCUUCCCAGGAUUCAUCGUUUUUCGACAUUUUCUGUAGCGCUCUUGAGAGGAUACCAUCCCAUUCAAGCGGAUUUUUUUCAGUUCUUGCAGAUACCAACUCCUGUGUUUCAAAUUUCCAUCCUCAGUCACUUGAGAUCGACAAGAAGAUACCUAAAAAGCUUUUCAAUCCCAUUUACCAAAUCAAAACAUUUGAUGUAAACGUUACAGAUCCGCCCGCAGAUUGGCAUCAAUUGCAAUCCGCAUUUCGACUCUUAUCUUACGGCUCUCCUUUUUGGCGUGUGUAUGCUGAUGAGGGCAAGGAAACAGGACUUACCGACAGAGACAUCAUCAAAGGCUUGUCCGAACACGCUCUCCAAAAGCUUCUAUCCACGGAUUGCAAACCCGACACCUUGACCAAUGCACAAGCAAUGGCAUUGCUUGGGUCAACCAUACAGCCACGGCUGAACAGAGCUUCAGAUCUCGAGGCCAAGCUUGUUUCAAGCCAUGCAUCGACAUGCAUGAACAUCAGCACCCCCCAACUCAUACUCACUAGUCAAUAUCCCUCCCAAUUCACCCUUUCUUCGGCAGCCAAUCAGUACCUGGCAUCUGAUGAAGCCAGUCUAAUCCGAUGCAUUCAAGUCCUUGCCUCUAUUAACCGCCAAAGUUUAAUUGGUCCAGGUGAUGUCGGUGAACUAGUCAGUCGCAUCAUUCUACUCCGGGCCAUGCAAAAAACCAUGCAGAAGACCCAACCAGCUGCAGACACAGAGACCCAUUCAGAGAACAUCAUGAUGCCAUUUGGGCAUUCAGUUCGGUUGGUAGACUUCUUGCAGACCUUAACUGGCUGGAACGAAAACGACUUGAAACUAGGUUCAAUCGACAAAGAAAAUCAAGAGAAACUUUUGACUCGAGGACAGGUCUUCUGGAAUCACUUCAUUUCCAUCGAUCACACACCAACAUCAGCCGGUCUGUUACGAAAAUUAUAUAGAGGGUUGGCGGUCCAUUGCAAACCCAAUCAGGCUUCGUUUGAUCAACUUUUUACAAUUUACCUUCAAUCCAGUCCCACGGAAGCGCUGGACGAGAGGAAUGUCACAUUUUGUGGUAUCCAAGUCAAAAAUCUAAAGCAAAACGAUAACAUAAAAGAACAAGCCUCAAAGUGGACGCCAAAAGAUGCAAAAAUGAAGCUUCAAGGAAGAAACCCCGAUCUUGUCCUGUACUUCUGUCUGAAUGACUUCAGACCAAAGAAACCCAGGUCGCACCCAAAGAAACUGAAAUCCACUAGCUCUGCCACAUCCAUAACACUAGAAACACCAACACCACUGCCUAAAAUCACCCACGUACCUGAGGGGCAGCUUUCAAAGGAAGAGACACGUCGACGGGCAUCUCUGGCUUUCUACGGUUUAGAUGCUUUUCCUUUUCUGAGUGAAAAACUUGUUGCUGUUUUGAAAGAAUUAUUGGAUUCUGAUCCACCUGUCUUACAGCUUCCUGAGAACCCAUCUGAACUUGAUUGUGAAUAUGUAUAUGGAGCUUCUCCAGAAGUGUUUUCUCUUGACAAAGCAGAUUAAAGAAGAAUCAGAUAAUUCUACAUCACAUUCAAAACAAUCUACCAUUAAAAACCCUACAAAAUUAUUGUUGUUUUACCCAAUAACUCUUCUCUUCUUUGCUUGUUGUCAACUUGGUCCUCCUGAUUCCGCUUUAAAAAA